AUGGCUGCCGAUCUGCGGCAGCUGUACUGGCCCGGGCCGUUCCGCGGCGUUUACCAGCAGCUGCAGGCCGCCAACGCCGCGAGCGAGCCGCGCCUGCGCGAGCUGCUCGCGGGCCGCCAGGACUGGCUGCUGCUGGGCCUGGCCAAAUUCCAGGCCCCGAGCGACGCGUCGCGCAGGGCGGCGCAGGACGCGUUUAAGGCUGGCAAGCUGGUGCUGUCCGCGGCGCCUGCUGGCGAGAAGGGGGGCGGGCAGCGCGUGACUGUCGAGCCACGCCUGGAGCAGGCCGCCCUCGAACUGAGCGCAAUACUGGACCUGGACGCGGUCCAGACCAUCUUGCUGCUGCGCCGCUUCUCAGCCGACACGGGCACGCAGCUCGCGCCGGCUGCGGCAGCGAACGGGGGCGGGCCCAUCACGUUGGAUGCAGCGGUCGUGCUGGAGAUCAUCGAUUACUACUACUCUGAGCGCCUCUACCUGCUGAAGUGCCUGCAAUACCUGACUAUCUCUGGUGCGGUUUUGGGGGGCGAGGGGGGGGGGUCGUGGCUGCCGCGCGCUGUCUGCCAUUGA